AGGGCUAAUCCAAAACAUACCCUUUACUCAAAAAAUGGUGUUUUUUCCUUCAAUUUCAAGAACCAUUUCAUCUUCUUUAAGAAAAACUACAAAUACCCAUUUUAGGAAAGUUCAGUUCUUGAGCAAUGUACCAGAAAACACAGUAUAUGGUGGACCAAAACCCCAAAAUCCAAAUCAAAGAAUCACCCUAACAACUCUCAAGGCAAAAGUACAAGAAAGGUGAGAAAAUAACAAUGGUAACAGGUUGUGAUUACCCAUCAGGUGUACAUAUAGGUAUGGCUGGAAUUGAUAUAUGUCUUGUGGGUGAUUCUUCAUCUAUGGUUGUUGAUGGACAUGAUACUACUUUGCCUAUUACACUUGAUGAAAUGCUUGUUCAUUGUAGAGUUGUUGCUAGAGGUGCUAAAAGACCUCUUCUUGUUGGUGAUUUGCCUUUUGUGACUUAUAAGUCUAGUACUAAACAGGCAGUUGAUACAGCUGUAAGAGUUCUAAAGGAAGGAGGAAUGGACGCGAUUAAGUUGGAAGGUGGGGCACCAUCAAGAAUUACAGCAGCUAAAGCUAUUGUUGAAGCCGGGAUUGCUGUAAUAGGGCAUGUCGGAUUAACACCUCAGGCUAUCAGUGUUCUUGGUGGAUUUAGACCUCAAGGCAGAAACAUUGAUAGUGCAGUCAAGGUUGUGGAAACUGCCAUGGCCUUGCAGGAAGCAGGGUGUUUUUCUGUUGUUUUGGAAUGUGUGCCCCCACCUGUGGCUGCAGCAGCAACAUCUGCUCUUCAGAUCCCCACUAUUGGAAUUGGUGCUGGGCCUUUCUGCAGUGGUCAGGUGCUAGUUUAUCAUGAUCUACUUGGAAUGAUGCAACACCCGCACCACGCCAAGGUUACUCCCAAGUUCUGUAAGCAGUUUGGGCAAGUUGGAGAUGUUAUCAACAAAGCUCUUCUGGAAUACAAGGAAGAAGUAACUAAUGGUUCAUUUCCGGGCUCCACUCACAGCCCAUAUAAGAUAGGUGCAGCUGAUAUGGAUGGUUUCUUAAACGAGUUACACAAGUUGGGUUUCGGCGAUGCAGCUUCAGCAGCAGCAGCUGCUGCCGCUGAAAAGAUUCAGACAAGCUAAUUCGCCUGCAUGAUCGAGAGGACCAGCAAAUUUUUAGUAUGCUUGGAGACAACAAGUGCCAUUUUCAAGUGUACCUUCUGAAUUAGAGUAAGCUAUACCUUGCUGCCUCGCACAGGUGGGAAGAGGAGAGUUAAGGUGUUUUUUGUGACUAGAGAAGAGGCCUUCGUUUGUCGGUUAAAAUUAUAAAUCCAGAAUUAGAAAUAAGAGUUCCUUUUAGAGUAGGCCAAAAGAAGAUGGUGAUGGUAGCAACACCAUUUAGAUAAUAUUGGAAGAAACUGAAAAAAAAACCUUUACAGUAAUACAAUUUUGUAGGGUUGUCAAUGGUACGGUUCGGGCGGUUAUUUAUAAAA